AUGGCUAAUAUUGAUCUAUCUAAGUCAGCCAAGCCUGAGAAGUUUACCGAUUUGAACUACAAACGAUGGGCUAAGCAGAUGAAAUAUUGGCUUACAACUUUAGGACUUAUUUCUACUAUUGACUCUGAUUUUUCCUUAUCAACACCUACACCCUCUUCAUCAUCACAAGCUGAACCUACCUCCACACCUACCACAACAUCCGGAAUUUCCAAAUCUUCUAAGGAAAUAAACUUUCAUUGUUACUACAGAAUCCUUAGUGCUCUUUCAGACAAAUUGUAUGACAUUUAUUAUGAGUAUAAAGAUGCAAAAGAUUUGUGGGUAUCACUAGAGUCUGAAUAUUGUUUAGAUGAUGCUGGUAUAGUACGUUUUUCCUCCUCCUCCUUUAAUAAGUUUGUUAUGGUAGAUAGUAAACCUAUCAAUGAUCAACUCCAUGAGUUUCAAGACUACAUCCGAUACCUUCAGCUGAAAGGAAAUACUUUCUCUGAAGAAUAUAAGGUAUCUAGUCUUAUUGAUAAACUUCCUCCUUCUUGGUCUUCUGAAGAAUAUAAGGUAUCUAGUCUUAUUGAUAAACUUCCUCCUUCUUGGUCUGACUUUGCUAAAGAUCUCCGUCAUCUACAGGGUGACUUGACUCUUGUACAAGCCCUCAAAGGUAUUAGGAUAGAGGAUCAACAUAGUAAAAACUCUAAACCAAAAAAUGAAAUGAAAGCAAAAGUAAACCUAGUGGAAGAAAAGUCUAAGAACUUUAGAAACCCAAAUCACAAACCCAAUGGCAAGAAUUUCAAGAAGAAGAAUCAUUCUCAUCGUCCUAACCAACAUUCCAAUCUCUCUAGAAACCACAAACCUUUUAGCUAA